UCCUGUGACGCAAUUUGGUUGUGUAAUUUCACUGCUUGACAUUUAGACAUAAGUAAGGUUUUAUCACGGUGGAAGGGACACUUUGCCUGGAAUCGUCUCAACAGUACACGUGAAAGGAUUAAGAUGUUGUCUUCGUUUGUUGCGAGAAGACUGGUUACAGGUGUGUGCCAGGCUGCAUGGCGGCCAGCAGUGACAGGGCUGGUAACCGUUCGUGGAUACCGCGGAGAAGCACCAGAUGACACCAGGGGUGACCUGAUUGAGAUUCCAUUGCCCCCUUGGGAAGAGAAAACUGGCGAGCCCAUGGAUAUCAAGAAGCGUCGUCUGCUCUAUGAAAGUCGGAAGAGGGGCAUGUUGGAGAAUUGCAUUUUGCUCAGCCUUUUUGCAAAGCGAUACCUGAACACAAUGAGUGAGACCCAGCUGCAGCAGUAUGACAGACUGAUUAAUGAACCCAGCAACGACUGGGAUAUCUACUACUGGGCAACAGAGGCCCUGCCCACCCCUGAGGUUUAUGAUGGAGAGGUCAUGGACAUGCUGAAGGAGUUCGCAAAGAACCGUGACCAAGAACAGAGGUUGGAUGCGCCCAGUUUAGACUACCUGGAGAAGGAAAGCCAAUGAGAGCCAUGUCUUUUUUUGGUUUUCUCACAGACUCUUUUUAUGUGGGGCACUGAGCGAAGUAUCAGUGUCAUCCCCCACAUAAAACAUCUUCUGCCACACCAUCAAAAAACUGUAUCAGUGAAACAUGACAAUAAAUGUUCUGUAAAAUAAUGUUGAUUUGAUCAGUGUGCUUGGCUGAAACACUGAUGUGACUCAGUGUAAAGCUGUCAGGUAGGUGCUCUAUAUAUCAAACAUUAAUUGACAAGUGGAAAUCAUGAAAAAUGUGCAGAGUAUGACAGCUUCUCAACAGAUUUAAGCUACUUUUUGACUCUACAGUAGAACAAAUAUUAUGUCAUGCCUUGUUUUACUGGCAUUGAUUCUGAAUAAUGACUAUUCAGUGCCGAUUUCAGUUGUGGAUUAUUUAAUAAAUGUGCAUCAUCUGUUGCUGUUUGUUGGU